ACACGGUCUCUGCAACCCGUCACUCUCUCUUCGACGAACGGUCCCUUCCCUCUUGCCUCUUUCACUCAAGAAACCCUCGGUUGCACAAAAACCCUAGUUCAACCCGUGGAAUACAUUUUGAAUGGAAGCUCAAAACUUGUUUUCUGGGUUUUGUUCAAAUUCAACCAUUCCACCAAUUCAAAUACCUAAAAAAUCUUUACAUAUAACACUGCCCCAUUCAUCGUCAGCGUCACUUGUCCUGAAACGGGUACCCUUCAAGACUCAUCAUUGUCUCACGUCACAGGUUGUAGGGUUUAGGAAGAAACUGCACUGUAUAAACAGUGAAAAACAAGUGGAGGACACAACUAGAAAUGGGGAAGAUUUGGAAAAUGGAGUUAGAAGAAAAAAUCUCGCUGUAUUUGUCUCCGGUGGAGGUUCAAACUUUCGGGCGAUUCACCAGGCAACUCUCAGAGGAUCGGUUCAUGGAGACAUUGUUGUCUUGGUAACAAACAAGCAUGGUUGUGGGGGUGCAGAAUAUGCAAGAGACAAUGGCAUUCCAGUUGUUUUAUUCCCCAAGACGAAAGAUGAACCUGAGGGAUUGUCUUCUAAUGACCUUGUAGCUGCUCUUAGGGUAUACAAUGUUGACUGUAUUCUUCUAGCUGGAUACCUUAAACUUAUACCCAUCGGAUUGGUCAGAGCUUAUCCAAGAUCCAUAUUAAAUAUUCAUCCUUCACUUCUUCCAGCUUUUGGAGGCAAAGGUUAUUAUGGUAUGAAGGUGCAUAAGGCCGUCAUUGCUUCUGGGGCAAGAUACUCGGGACCUACAGUCCAUUUUGUUGAUGAGCACUAUGACACAGGGCGUAUCCUUGCUCAAAGAGUUGUACCCGUGCUUGCUAAUGACACUGCAGACGAGCUGGCAGCAAGAGUUCUUUCUGAGGAGCACCAAUUAUAUGUGGAGGUUGCCAUGGCAUUAUGUGAGGAGCGCAUAAUUUGGAGGGAGGAUGGCGUCCCUCUAAUCCAAAGCAAAGAAAAUCCUAGCAAGUACUGCUAGCAAAACUGUGUAUUAGUAUUAUCUUGCUUUGGCAGGGAUCUUCUGCAAAAGAGUGUGACAUACAUGCGGAUUUCGUAUUCAGAGCAUUGCCUAUUUUUUUGGAACGGAGGUUUUUUAGCUUGUUUUCAGGACGUUUUUGCCGGUAAUUAGAGGCGUAUAACCAGAGUGCCAACCUCUAAAUUUACUCAAUUUUGCUUUACCCUUUUGAGAAUAGUGGUGAAAUGAGAUGGCUGUUGCUACAGUUGGUAUUGAAGCAUAUCUGAUGUAAUUGUAUGAAUGGUUUUGUAGCAAUUCUCUGAUAAUCUCACAUCUGUUUCGAACUGGUC